AUGUCAGGCAAUUCCGUCUGGGGCCCAGUCGAUAUUGUGGGGCGUGGUGAGCGAGCUUUUCAUGCUGCACGAAGACAAGUGAAGCCAUUCAUAGUGUAUCUUGUAUCCAAGCUUGGCAAACUAGCCAUAAAUCAAGUUUUUACUACGCUUUCCUUCAGUUGCGGUCCCGAAGAGAACUGGUGGGGACGUUCAUGUCUAUGCAUAACUCUAUUGAUUGGGUAUUUCGUGCUAAUUAAAGAAUUACUCGGUCUGUCGAAGCUUUCCAAGCAACGAGAUGUGCAAGGCGCGAAGUGA